AUACACGUUUGUGAGCUUAACCAAUUUGUUGUCACUGCUGAACCUCAGAUCAUUGAGUUCCUCUGCACGGCUAAGGUGACUGAGAUUCAGAUAAGUGAGGGGUGGUGUUAUAUUGGCUGUUCGAAUUGUUCAAAAAAAAAAACUCACUUGAGAGGAGACUUCAUUCACGCGUCUCCCAUGCAAUGAAACCAAUGCCGUGGCUGAACUCCGCGGCUUUCCUUGGGUUUGAUACAGAAGUCGCUAAACUGACUCAUGUUCUAGCUUCUGAGGCUGCACAAAUCGUGGGUGUAGGUGCUACUGCUCAGGUCGAUGUUGAUCUGCCUUGCUCACUCGCUGAUAUUGUGGGAAAUACCUAUACUUUCCAGCUCAAGUUGAAGUACUUCAAUUUUUUUGCAAACCACCAAACUUUUACCAUUUCUCGCAUAUUCCCUGCGCAGGAGCUUGCGCCCAUUCCAACUUUAGAGGAAGGUGCAGAUGUUACCGAGCCAGCGCUUCUUCAGAAUGUUGCAGCAGCACCAGAAGGUAUAGCUGCAAUCACGUCCAGCGUUGCAGCGCCUUCCCCCGAGGCUGAUGGUACUUUUUCCCAGCGUGAGGAACUAGCUGCGGAGGAAGCUGAUCUGGCAGGGAAUGCCAGUAAGAAAGCACGUGUGGAAUGAGUAACGCACUGGCGCCCAAACAACCACGAUUAGUCUAAAUAGUUUUCUGUUUCCUGCAUCUUUCACCUACGCUAUGUUGUUUUUUUAAAUUUUCCCCUAAAAACCUAUUAGAUCGUGGUUGUUGUUAUUUCUAUUAUCAAUGCAAAACCUUUCUUUAUGCUUAUUUCCAAUUGAUAAAUAUAGUAUUAAUUAUAAUACAACUAAAAACAAUAUAUAGAUUAGAGACGAGAGCAAGUUCCACGUCUUCUCUUUUUUUAUGGGCAACAAGUUGCCUGUCCUUUUACAACACGAGAGUCGCAAUAUGUUUCGCUUGGGUUCCAAGUGAUCUCUUAAAGAAUACAAUAGCACUUAACUGCUUUUAUUUGUGUUGUAAACUAAAGUGGUAUUAAACCAUUAAAUCAUACAUGUUUUCUGGUUAUAUAUGCCGUCAUCAUGCUUAAAACUAUUACCACAAUAUUAAAAUUACGGAUGCUUUGUGUAUCACAUAUUCACAUCUAAGAGAACAAAUAUUUUUGGUCGUAUAGUCAGAAAGAAAACACAAAAUCAUAAAAUCAAAUUGGAAUGUCUAAUUUACCAAACUUCCAUUCAAGCUCAGGGGUAGAUCAGAGCACACAUUCUCUUCCCAACAGACGGUCAAGGAACCGCAAACGCUUUCGUUGAACUAUACUUCGACGGUCAUCUCAUGAUGAUGAGCAAUCUAAACGCUUUCUCCUUUUGAGUUUCUUCUUCAACAUCUCAGAUCCAUCUCGACUUCACUAUCUCACUCUUGAAGCUCAGGCUUAUAGUCACAACAGACCUACUUAUGGCCGUUCCUUCCGUAGCAAGGUAUCUCUCCCAGUUACCUCUUUUGUUCCUCAUUCUAAUGAUGUUGUUCUUCACUUCCCCCAUGGAGAACCGUGGGAUUUCCUCUCCUGUAAGAGGCGAGAUUGGUUUGAAAGUUUACAUACCCAACGAAGCAUCUUUGAAAUCCUAUGCUGCUGCACCCACUCACCCAGAUAACCUAGAUCCGGCACAACCAACAAGUACAUAUUAACCUCAGCUUUAUGGUUUACAUAUCCUUUUUGAAGAUAGCUAACAGCUAUAGUGAUUGUUUACUCUGAAUAUGUUAGCUUUUUUUGGAUUCUAAACCGUGAAAAAACCUAGCAAAAUUGGUAUGGUUUAGCAAAACUCGGCUCUUUUUGUAUUAUUCUUUGAUUACAAAAAUUGAAAACAAAAUUUACAACCCACAUUUCAUCUUUAGGAUUUUUAGUCUUUAUAAUUUACAUAUUUAUUAGUUUUAUUUAGUUUAGAAGAAAACGACUUCAUCCGCAAAAGAGCAAAAAACAUAACAUAACAUCCCAACUAAUACUAUGAAUAUCUCUUACAAAUAAACACAACAUGAAAAUAAUACAAUUUCUAGAUUAAAACGAAACUAUAACAUGUAAAAAAAGUCAAUACAACGCAAACAAAUAAAGCUAAUAUCCUUAUAAAGUGCCCAACCAAAACUUCAAUUACUCAAUAAUAUAUUAUACUUACUAACCCUUUUCUUUCUGUUACCAUGCAAUCUCCGCUGAUCAAACAAUAACUUUCAAUCCAAGCUCCAACAGGUCCAAUAAUAACUUACAAACCAAGCUUCGACAAAUUACGAUAUUCAUCUUUUGCCUCGACAAUUACAAAAGAGUCAAAUAUAUUACUAUCACCAACCAAUACAAAAUGAAUCAACAAAUACUUAACAACUUAUUAGACGACUAAACACUAAAGGUACGAAUCCGGCGCGUAGCGCCGGAAUACCCCUAGUUUAACUCUAAAAUAGAGUUUAAGAAUAAAUAGGAAUAACUGGAGAAGCUCUUACAUGUAAGUGUUGUGUAACACGGAGUCAUUAUUUUCCAACGAACAUGCUUUAUCAACAUGACAACAUGCAUGAAACCACACAAACCACUGAAAUGGAAUUAUGAAAGCCAAUAAAUUCCAAAUAAAACACACAGAGGAAGCAGAACAUUAAUCGUUUCUCUAAAGAACAUAACAACACAACAUUUGAUAAAAUCACACAUAACCAAUCCUCUGUUCUGAGAAUUGUUCGAAUCAGACUCAUAAAUAGAUCACUGAAGCUCGGAAGAAUAGGUUCUAUCAGACUGAACUCCAUUGUGAACUCUUGUAGAGUUGAAAUAUUAAAGAUGUUCAAUUGCUCAAAGACCAAAGUAAGGAAAAAUUGUAACUGGCAGGAGGAAAAACACCAGAAAAAUGGUUCGUUGACAAAUCAAAUUAUAAUACUUGAGAGUUGAGUCAGUCGAGCUACGACGUUAGAAACUUUUCCUCCUAUACAAAAACAACAACAACAAUCUAGAGCAGUUUGACAAUGGCUGUAAUAGAAAAUUGAAGCUAAUAUCAAGUUUUUAAUUCUGAACAAGUUUUCCAUCUCGUGGGGGAUGAUACCACAAAAACAAGUUAUAUGUGAGAGAUGAGAAACGAAAGAGAUUAUAUAAGUCCUUUUACACUUAGUUUUUGUGUUCUUCACUGACAAUAUCAGAUCACGAAGCUGAUUAACAACAAUGGGAGACUAAGGAAGAUCAAAACUUUAUGGAGCACAAAGAGUAGAAGACAAAACAAAUUUUAUUUAAGGAUGAUGAUGAUCCUGAAGGGAUCUUUUUCUUUGUUUACCUUCGGUUUUUGACAAAAUUGUCUUGACUGACUUUGAAAAUCAUGCAUCCAUUCAGAAACGCCAGUCACAACUUGGAACGCUAGCUGAUAUCUGAGCGACUCUAGUUUGCACAAACAUUUGCAAGGUGAUAUUAACAACAACAAAAAUCCUACGUAUUCGAAUGACACAAAUAUCAAAGGUCUACAGAAUUAAAAAAAGAAAAGUAAACAAUUUCAAAGAAAUCACUAUAACCAAAAUUAUAAAAUGAUGAAUAUCAAUGAAACGUCUCAAAAUUAAAAGAAAUCAAAGCA